UAAAAGUUAAAUUUUGGACUGCGAAUGGAAAAGAUGAAGAUAUUUAUCAAGGUUGUAUCAACUGGUGUAUUCUUUGGAUGUGUUGUAAACAACUCUGAUACAAUUUAUAUGAUCAAGUCUAUAAUCGAAGAAAAGGAAAGAAUCACACCCAACCAUCAGAUGAUUGUUUUCAAUGGGAUAAUACUAGAGGAUCAUAGGACCCUUGCAUCUUACAGUAUUGAAAAAUUUUCCAUGCUUUAUGUGGCCUUCAAACACAAGGAGAUCACCAGCCUAUCUGUGGGUAAUGAGACAGAACAUGUGAAAUCAAAUCAAGGGGGCAAUGAAGUUCAUAUAUCUGUGCUAGAUUUCGUUGGAAAAAACAUUCUAAAGGUUAAUACAACGAACAACAUCGAGCUUCUCAAGGCAAUGGUUGAAAGCAAGACUCAAAUUUCACGAAAGGAGCAAAAAAUGUUUUUUUACAGCACACAUGAAGUAGUUCAACUUGAAGACGGUAGAACUCUAGAUAGUUAUGGUAUUAAGGAAAAUUCCCAAUUACGGAUGUUGGCUCCAUAUUUGAAGAUAUUCAUUAAGAUGCCACAGGUUCGAAAUUCUUUUCAACUUGAUCUCUAUAGUUUUCUGACAGUCCAUGAUGUAAAGAAGAAGAUUUGGGAUAAGAUGGGAAUUGCAGAAGAUAAACAAACCCUCAUCUAUUCUGGAAGAUCCCUUGAUGAUGAUAAAACUUUAGCAACUUAUAGCCUCCAAAAUAAUUCUGUUCUUCAUGCAUUUUUUGGGUUCAAAGAUGGAAGCCAAGAGCUAAAGUUAUUUAUCCAUGAUAAGAGAAAUGAAGUUACCUUUCAACUCAUGGUGCAAAAGUGGUAUAGUGUGCUGAACAUCAAGACCCUCAUUGAAAGUAUGGUGGAGAUCCCAAUAGGCCUUCAAGAGCUUAACUACUUACAGGAGAAUUUGAAGACUUGGAAAACCUUGACCCACUAUAACAUUGAAUGUAACUCAACUCUCUACUUAUCUGUUCAUGGUCAUCCAAUACAAAUAUUCAUCAAGGAACCUCAAGUAAAAGGGAGUGACAACAAUAUCAUUAUGCUUGAAGUGAAGAAUAGUGAUACCAUUGAUGAAAUAAUUGCAAUGAUUCCGCAAGAGUAUAUGAUUAGUGGAGGAAUUUUCGAUCCAUAUUGUCUCUUCCUCGGUGAAACUCGACUAAAGAAUGAAUUAACUCUAGCACAUUAUGACAUUGCAUCAGGUAUGUUCCUCCAAUUGGAACGCAGUAUUCAAGUUAAUGUUGGCAUUCCUAGUGGUGAAGUGAUCACAGUCGAUUUAAAACCUAUGGAUUUAAUAGAUACUGUAAAGGAGAAGAUUGAAGAUUUGUGCGGAAUUCCAUGGCAGCUACAGACACUCACCUACCUUGGAGAUGAAGUGGAUAAGUUAUAUACACUUGAAGAUUAUGAACUUCAUUUGGGUAGUCUUUGGAAUCUAAGAUGGCAGUUUGGCGGCAAUUAUUGGUCAUUCUUUUGGCCUACUUAUGGAGUUUAAACUCCCCAAAAAAAAAAUUAGGACUGGAUUGAGAAUCCCA